CCGCACAAGGCCGAACCAGAGCUCAGAUCGACCACUAAGGUCAGCACGCCCUGGCGAUGUUCUCCGGCGACAUGGCUGAGCGGUGGAGGGAGCUGCACGGCAGCGACCACUGGGAUGGCCUGCUCGACCCGCUCGACGUCGACCUCCGGCGCUGCCUCAUCAACUACGGCGAGAUGAUCAUGGCGACGUACGAGGCGUUCAUCGCCGAGCGUCGGUCCCCGAACGCCGGCAUGUGCCGGUACCGGCGCGCCGACCUCUUCCGGCGCGUGGAGGUGUCCCACCCGGGCUGGUACGCGGUGACCCGGUACAUCUACGCCACGGCCAGCGCCGACGUGCACGGCAAGGUGCUGCUCCGGCCGCUGUGCCGGAACGGGCGCGCAAGGGAGUGCAACUGGAUGGGGUACGUGGCCGUGGCCACGGACGAGGGCGCGGCCGCACUCGGGCGCCGGGACAUCGUCGUGGCGUGGCGCGGCACGCAGCGGGCGCUGGAGUGGGUGGCCGACCUCAAGCUCGCCUUCGCCUCGGCGGCCGGGAUCCUCGGGGCGGAGGGCGCCGACGGGUCCGAACCGUCGGUGCACCGCGGGUACCUGUCGCUGUACACGUCCGCGGACGAAGGCUCGGAGCUGAGCAAGCAGAGCGCCAGGAUGCAGGUAUUGACAGAGAUUGCAAGGCUGAUGGACAAAUACAAGGACGAGCAGACCAGCAUCACGGUGGUCGGCCACAGCCUGGGCGCCACUCUGGCCACGCUCAACGCAGUCGACAUUGCCGCAAAUUACUACAACAAAUCCGCCCUCUGCACGGCCGAGAGCCGGGCGCCGGUCACCGCCGUCGUCUUCGGCAGCCCUCGCACCGGUGACCGCGACUUCCGUGACAUCUUCCACCGCCUCCCAGAUCUCCGGAUGCUCCGUGUCCGGAACCGGCCGGACCGCAUCCCGCUGUACCCGCCCAUGGGCUAUGCCGACGUCGGCGUGGAGCUGCUGAUCGACACGCGCCGCUCGCCGUUCCUUAAGCCCCACGGCAACGAGUCGCAGUCGCACGACCUCGAGUGCCACCUGCACGGCAUCGCCGGGUGGCAAGGGGAGCACGGGGAGUUCAUGCUGGUGGUCGACCGGGACAUCGCGCUGGUGAACAAGUUCGAUGACUGCCUCACCGACGAGCACCCCGUGCCGGUGGGCUGGAAGGUGCACCACAACAAGAACAUGGUGAAGGGGCCCGACGGGUGGUGGGUCUUGGAGGAUCAUGAAUCUGACUACGAAGAUGGAGGUGACAACUUGUAGGAGGUUAGGGGAAAAGCAUAUGAUUUGGACGUUGGAUGCUGUUUUGCCACUCCAUGCCAUGGCAUCUCUGUUGCUACCUUAGGAUCGUGAUAACGUGUGCUCUUUUUCUUUAUCAAUUUCUUUAUUUUCUUGAUUUUUUAGUAUUUGAACCAAUUUCAUUUCUUCCUCUCUAGUCAUCUACUCCCUCAGUUCCAAAAUAGAUGACCCAACUUUAUACUAACACUGACAGUUUUACUUCA